UCUGGCCAAUGGGAGCUGCGGGGGGCAGUGCCAGCAGGCGAGGGCAGUGUGCGGAGCCCUCUGGCCCACCAGAGGCCAUGGUGCUGACUGCUUUUGGGAGCGGCACGGGGCUGGCAAUCCCGCGGGUUGGAUCCAAAGCCCAGAUGGGCCGGAUCUGGCCCACGGGCUGUAGUUUGCCCACCCCUGAUCUAGAGCAUACAGUGUAAAGCUUUUAUACAGUUAAGAAAAUAAACUAAUGAAUAGAAAAUUGUGAAACAGUUAAGGCUGAUCCACAUGACAUGACACAAACCCAGAAAAGGCAAGAAAAUGAGACAUUAACCCACCUUUCAAUACAUAACAACAGGCACACACCUUACUACUCCCACAGGUACUGUACACCUUUCCUCUGCCCUCUCAAUCAGCCCUUCAGCAGGCAGCAGUCUAUCAAACUAUCAUCCAUUAGUUGUGGAUGUUUAAUGUAAUAAGUUCAUGGAUUGAAAGGGGAUAAUUUGGAAAAUGAGGUGCUGGAAGACUAGCAUAUGUUGGAGAGCAGAGACUACCCAUUGCACCAGAUGUACUCAGAAUUCAUCUCUGUUCGUUUUUGUGAAGCUAGGCAAUGUGUUGUAUGUGUGUGUUUGUGUGUGUGUUUUUUUUUUUUUAAAGGUGGUACUGCCGUGAACGACACUCAUCAACAGUCCAAUUUCAAACAGUUUAUAUUAAAAAUGUAUGCAAAGGAGUCAAACAAAAGUUGUCUUGAAAAUUCAGACUAUAAAACUAACAUUGUGUCACAUUUCACACUGAAAGGCCAUCUUCACAUGGGGGAAUAACAGGAAUAUAUAUCUCAUAUUAAGGCUCAUUUCAGAACAUAGCUCUGAAUAUGGAGUUGUAAUGAUGUGCCUCCCUAUUAAAAACAAUUACCAGUUUCCUCUUUUCAGUAGAAGAAACUGGGAUUAGGUCAUGGACCCCACAACCACAUAUUCCUAAUUCCCAGGGGCCCUGCAAUGGAAACAGCAGGCUUUCAAGUUUUCACUAAAUCUGUUGGCAAUGUCUAUGAUUUUAUCUGCCUCAGUGGUCCGUGUUAGAGAUGGGCUCCCGCUAUCUGCCUCUACAGAUUAUGAGCAAAGCAUGGGAGUGCAGCAAUGUAGAAAAUAUUUUAAAACACUCUUGAAGAAGCUUGCUCAGCUUCCUGAUAGAUGUAUGCUGAAAGCUGGCCAGUAUAAUAUAAAUUUUAUUAGCUCUCUGGGAGUGAGCUACAUGAUGCUGUGCACUGAAAAUUACCCCAGUGUUCUGGCUUUCUGCUUCCUGGAUGAGCUUCAGAAAGAGUUCAUCACCACGUACAAUAUGAUGAGGACAAAUACUGCCAUCCGGCCAUACUGUUUCAUAGAGUUUGAUAAUUUUAUUCAAAGGACCAAGCAGAGAUAUAAUAACCCACGGUCUCUGUCGACAAAGAUAAAUCUUGCUGACAUGCAGACAGAAAUCAAGCUGAGACCACCUUAUCAAAUUUCCAUGUCUGAACUUGGUUCAACUAAUGGAUUUGCACACUUAUCAGCUGCUGAAUUUAAGGGUACUGGUAAGAUAUCUGCUGCUCCUCAUCAACGACUGGAAGCCAUUACUCUGCCAGGGAUUGUUUCAUUUAUACUGAGCCUGUUAUGUGGGGCUUUGAAUUUAAUUAGAGGGUUUCAUGCCAUAGAAAGCCUUCUGCAGAACGAGGGUGAAGAUUUCAGUUAUGUCAUUGCAUUUUUCCUUGGAACAGCAGCUUGCUUGUAUCAGUGUUAUUUAUUUUUAUACUGCACAGGCUGGCGGAACGUCAAAUCCUUCCUGGCUUUUGGUUUAAUCUGCCUGUGUAACAUGUAUCUGUACGAACUGCGCAAUCUCUGGCAGCUCUUCUUCCACGUGACAGUGGGAGCAUUUUCAGCAUUACAAAUACGGCUAAGACAACCACAAGGGAAAUCCCCAGAUUACAAUGUCUGACCCAAGUCCUGGGACCUCCCAAGGCAGUCUCAGUCCACCCAUGGUUCCCUCUCAGGAAUGAAAAGCUUUUCUCCAAAAGAAGCAGUUGUGGUUUUUUUUUUGUUUUGUUUUGUUUUAAAGCUCAACACAAGAUGCCUGUGGACGUUUGUGACUUGAGAACUUAGACUUAUCCUCACUGAAGACACACACAAUACAGGAUUAGUGGAGGAAAAUGGGUCCUAUCCAUGCAGAGCAUUGUCCCUUGAGGACAAAUAAAAGUUUGGAGGACUUGACUGAUCGCAGGAAAAAGCCUCCUUCAAAAGUAUGAUAAUGGAAAAAGAUAUAUACAUACAGGGCAUGUUCUGCAUAUCACGUGAGCGCUCCAAUUCCAAGAUCAGUUUUGCCUUUGUGAGGCAAUAGUAUAGGCUGAAUACAAAGAUGCUAUUGCAUAUUAGCAGACUAUAUUUGGAAUGAGAGAGUUACUAAAUGUGAGACUAUUGGAUUGCACAUUAAAUUUAAUGGAAUGCGUGUAUGUGUUUUCUUAAUUAAAGCCUAACCUGGAAACCAUCUGUUUAUGGGGAUUAGCUCCUUGGUCCCAGUGGCCUUCUACCUAGUGCUGAGUUAACUAUAAAUCUUGGUAAAUAGUUUUCUCUGUAUAAUUUGUUUUUAAUGAUCUUUUGAAAGUGACCUUUAUGGACAAGUUUUAUUUAAGUAAAUAACCUACAAUUCUGUCUCUUUGCUCUCUUCCUCUAUUUGAACAUUAGAAGUUUGAAAAGAAGUUGCCAGGUGGGUAAACAGACAUUGAUUUGCAACCUGUUUGAGCUAUUGCUUGUCUCUCUAUACAUUUUAAGAGCUGGAUUAAUAGCUGAAAUCUAAUUUAGCAUAUAGGCAACUGGUGGUGAGUUUAUUUCCAUCAAUCAUAAACUGAGUUCAGUUUAAAAAAAAAACCCGUUUUUGGAUCCAGGGAUUUUGUUGGUUUGGUAGAUUUACAUUUUACUGAAUUGGAGUCGAACCUCACUAAUUUGUAGCAGUGGCUGGGACAUCUAUGUAAAGUCAGAAUUUGUGAAUUAAUUCUCAGAUGAACAAUCAAGGCUAUUACAUUGCGUUCUGUUUCUUUUGACAAUCAUAUUUUGUGUUAUUUCCAGAGCUUUAUAGUACACUAUAGUUUUAAUAUAGUUUGCUCAAGCUGUGAGGUGUAGUAAUAUGGGGCAUAACUAAAGCAUUCAGAGAAGUUUUAGUAGCAGGAAGGCUUCCACAAUGCUUGUGAGCAUUACUAGGCUUGCUGAUUAGUGAGGUUCUGCUUUACUAUGAAAUGUUACUCAUCAAAUCUCUGUAGGUGGUCCCCAUCUAAAACGUUCUCUUCAGUAAUUCAUUGGCAAUCAAGCUGAUAGCAGAGAAGUAAUACCUAGACUGGGAACAACUAUUAUUUUUUUUAAAGGAAGUGACCUUACUCAAGGACAUCCAGGUGCCCAAGACCAAGAUAAUUUACAGAAAAUGGAAUCAGUCCUAAAUGAACAGUAGUGGGUUUUCUGAAUUUUCACUUAAAAAUGCAUCUGACUCGGCCUGCAACCUCAUGAACUGUUGUUUGAUUGUUUACUCUUAAUCUGAAAACUGCCAAGUCUGUAUUCAGAGAAUAAUGCACGGAAUGUUACAUAGUUCUGCAGGUUAUAUAUACACAACCCACCACACCCUGGUGUGGACAGACUUUUUUCUAAUAUAUAUAAUUUACAAAAUAUAGAAUUUGGUAUAGAUGUUAGAUCUCCAUGUUUUCAAUAUUACAAAAUAAAAAAUACAAAAACAAGAAAGUUGAGGGGGAAGGGUUCCCCCAAAAGUGUCUGUCUCUUGUUUUCAUCUAGUCUUUCAUGUGUAAACUGAUAUAUAUACCAAAGAAGAGCACAGAAGACUUUCAUUUAAUAAAUAUGUUUGCAGAGCCAUGUUUCCUUAUCUUGAUAUUAGGUGUACCAGUCCUAUUCAGAAGAGUAGGCUGUUAGAAAGGGGACAGUUUUAUAGGGCAAGGUUUCUUUUUCAACCUAAAAACAUUACCGAUGCUGUUCUGAAAGGCCUUUUGUGUAGAACAGUGGGGGUCACUUUUAAUUUUGAAAGCCUAUCAAACAGCUAAUAAAAGAAUGGGGUGCACUUGAAAGAGCUGAUCGUAUGGAACAGAUAUAUUAUAGGAGUGCAAAUCCUUUCCAAAAUAAUGCUUUGUAGUGAAUCAUACAUUCCUUCAACCCAGUAAAAUUUUGUGUAGCUUCAAUAAAUAUUUAAAUAUCUUUA